AUGUUCCCUCCUCCUCCUCCCUCUCCUGUCAUCCCUCCUUCCCAUCUCCCUCCCUCCCUCAUCUCCUCCCUGUUACAUUUCUCCUCCUCAUCCUCCCUCCUCCCUCUCUCUCUCUCCCUCAUAAAUCUCUUCUCUCUCCUCCUAUCCUCUCUUCUCUCUCUCUCUCUCCUCCUCCUGAUCUCUCUCUCUCUCUCCUCCUCCUUGUCUAAGGAUCUCUCUCUCCUCCUCCUCUCUCCUUUCUCUCUCUCUCUCCUCCCUCCUCUCUCUCUCCUCCUCCUCUAUCUCUCUCUCUCCUCCUCCUCUAUCUCUCUCUCUCCUCCUCCUCUAUCUCUCUCUCUCCUCCUCUCUCUCUCUCUCCUCCUCCAAUUCCUCUCUUUUCUCUCUCAAAACACAGAAAUGCCUGGACCUUGCAAUGAAUACCAUUUCAUUUGCAAAAAACACAAGUUGUGUAUUGCAGAGAAGUUCCGAUGUAACGGUAUAUUCGACUGCCCUGACAAAUCUGAUGAGGAGAACUGUAUAGUCCUCCAGCCUACAUAUGCUGUGACGAAGAACCCAGAUCCUGAAAUUGGUACCAUCUUUGUGCAAACGGCUGUUUAUUCGGUCAUUGGCUGUACGAUUGGAGUAAUUCUCCUUAUCUCUGUGCUCAUCAUUGCAGUGUUUCGCAUCCGAAUGAAGCGUGCAGCUGUUCGAAGGGCUGCUGCCCCAAAUGACUUGUCCAACAGAAGCAGUGCCAUUGCUGCAGCUCCCUCCACUGCUUCAGGGGGCACACCUGUUGGCACUGGAAGUGUGGUGCCACUUGAGUAUGACCCCUUCCUUCCUAACAACCAACAGUCACAGUAUGGCAACAUUAUUGUGAACGUCAACAAUGGAGUGCAGUAUGUGCCAGGCAGUGAAUAUCCCCCUUACAUUGAGCCUCCACCUCCUUAUUCCACCGUGAUGGCUGGACGGGAAUGCUCCCCUCCUCCUCCUUAUAGCACCAUUGAUAGGUCAACACCAAUAGCUUCAUCGACAGCACCAGCUCUAACAGCACCUGCUCUACAAACCCCUGUGGCUGCUUCGGCACCUGCAGAGACCUCUUCCUCCAUCACUCUUUCAACAUCUGCACCAGCAUCACAAUCUUUUAUUCGACCGCAACAAGAGCGGAACCCACCUAUAUUGACUCCACCAAUUUUGGCUGACCCCACACAAACGGGUGAGUUGCCUCGCCCAGCUGUAUCCAACCUUGGUGCAUCCAAUUCUAGUUCCACCCCUUCCACAGAUGGUCAUGUGAUGGGGCACAUUGUUGUGAAAGAUGGAAAGAUCAUCUUAAUGCCUAAGAAUUCUUGA